ACACUUGACAAAACAAAUCGGAAAUACAGAGCAACGAGUUCGCUGACCGUAUUUAUCGAGAGGAAAUGGGCAGAAAUCACAAAUGUUAUUUGUGCAAAUGUGGAAGAAUAUGGUUGAAGAAAUCUGAAACUGGAUAUGCAUUAUGAACACCCGUAUACAGUGUAUAUUGGACAUCAUAAUGACUAACCUAUGAAGAGUUCAACAGCACUAGGAAAUGCCUGAUGUGGAGAAAAUGAGACUUACCACCUGAUCAUGCUGAUAGAAACUGUACGUCAAGAUGUGUUUAAGCAUAUCAUAAUGUUAUAAUGAAUAAUCAUGGAUCAGUCCAUGAACUGUUUUAAUCUGACACUAAGCCCGCAGGAUGCCUUUGCAAUGGCAGACCUUGGGUUUGAGAGACUUAAUAGAAAACCAAAUUUUAGUGCUAAGGAGACACAGUACAUCAUUGACAUGGUACGCAAGUACAAGUUUGUUCUCAAUGAGAAGGCAUUAGAUAGUGCUACCAAUGAAAGGAAGAGGGAAGUCUGGCAGUUGAUAUGUGAUGGUAUCAAUGAAAUGACACCAGGUGUUUCAAGAUCUGUUGACGAAAUUAGGAAACGGUGGCAGAACUUAAACUGUACUGCUCGGAAAGAAGCCUCAAAGUUUAAGAAAUAUCAAAUUGAAGGACUUGCUCCUCCACCUGUGUCAAACUUCAGUCUCCAGAUCUUGGGCAUGGCUGAUGAAACUCAGGAGGAUGGGGGUCCAGAUUUGGAUAUUAAUCCCCAGACCAUGAAAAUAGAGAUAGAUCUUGCCAAUGAAGACAGUCAAGAUGGCAGUAUCCAGGAUGUUCCAGGAUUUCCGAGUAGUCCAGGACACUCUUCUGGUGAGAGCAGCAAGUGUGAGAACUCCUCUGUGUCUAGUGUACAAGAUCAGGUCUACAUACCUCCAGUAUCAACCCCUACCUCUCUUCCUGCAAUAGAUGACCAGUUGCCAAUCAACAUGCCUGAAUCAAGCAAUAAUAAUCUCUCAAAGUUAGACGGUUCUAGUCAAUCAGCAUUAUCAUCUUUACAGCAUUCAAAAUUUACAAGCAAUGGAUCACUGCCUCAUAAUGAACAUGAUGUUCCUCACACCAGUGCAACAAGCAGACCUCAUGGAUCAGGUAGCAGUGGAUCAUUGCCAUCCAAGCCAUCGUCACAUACAUCAAAUCAGGGAAACACAAGUCAUUCAAGAAAUCACAGAAACAGAAAUCUGAAUCUAUCUAAUGACAUUCAAAUCCUAACUGAUACCCUCACCUCAUAUUCUUCUUUUACAACCUCAACUACCUCAACAAGUAACAAAUCAGGUUCCAAGCAGAACAGUAUUCAAGAUGGUGCAAAGAGGAGACGUUUUGAUGAUCAGUCAGUGAAACUUCAUGAAGAGCUGUUAGCAAGUGAACGAGACUCUUUGUCCUUGGAGCGAGAGAAACUUAAGCUUGACCGAGAGAAACUGAAGAUGGAACAAGAACAGCUGGCAGUGGAGAUGCAGAAGAUUCUCAUGGAGAAGGAGAAGCUGAACCUAGAGAAGGAUGUGGAGCGAGAGAAGCUGAGGAUGGAUCGGGAAAGAGUGUCUCUGGAAAUGCAGCAGGAGCGUCAGAAGCUUGCCCUCGAACGUGAACGUCUGGAGCUGGCUCGGGACCAGGAGAGGGCUCAUGCGAGACUGGAGCAGGAGAGAUUAGACAUAGAGAAGGAGAAAAUGGCAAUGGAGCAAGAAAAACUAGCUUUGGAAAUAAGUUAUUGGCGGAGAAAGUUACUCCAGACUCGGUCCAGUCAGGAAGAUUGUGGGUUCGAUAGUUAAGCAAUAUGUUGACUAUUUAUGAAGGAAUGUGGGAAUGGUUUGACUUUUGAAUGUUUCCACAACGUUGAUUUUCAAGUUUUGACCUGACUGAAGCAUGUCUUAAGUCCAAUGAAAAAUCAGUGUAUAUGGUCAAAGUAUUGCAUCAGAUGAAACAUGUGAAAAUUAAUAUUUUUGUUACACUUUGUUUUUAUCUUCUAAGUGAAAUACCAUCAGUAAGUCAUACAGUAAUAUAGGUUUUCUGAAAUGAUGUCACAUUUUCAGUAUUAUGAGAAUAUAUUCCUUGGUAAAGUUAUUUUUUUAUGUAAGGGCAUUAAGAAUCUCCAAGCAGGUCCUUGAGAAAACUGUCCAAAACCAUAAUAACUUGAUAUAUGAUGAGGCCUAUGUGAAUACCGGAUAUCUUCCACCAUUUUGACAAGGGAUGAGCCUGAGCUUCCUAACUAAAAUAUGUUUCCAGCACAUUUUUGUUGCCUCUCCAAAAUAACAGGGGUCUUAGGGUCUUGCAACUUGAAACAAAUUCUGUCGUAAGUAACUGUAAAUGGCAUUUCUAGUUACGAAAGUUAUUGGAAAAUACUAUGUGUUGGUUGAAAUGUGGUCCUGAUGCAUGAAGCUUUAUAUAUGAAGGUGCCACAAGCAAUUAUGAAACUAGCAAUUAUCAUGAUUAUCUAUUUUCGAGUACUAUUUCAAUGUUCAUGUCCAAUUUUCAGUGUUUAUGAAUAUACUUGAUAUUUAAUAUUGAGUUAUAUUAUCCAUAAGGGUAGAAGGAUCAUGUGUAAUAACUUUUCGAUAUUUGCAUAUGUGCAUUUUUGUGAGGCUCAAUGCUGAUUGGUCUGUUGAAGCUAUAUGACUCCACAGUGCUUCAUUGUUGAGAAAAAUAUUAUGUGACGUCAUCCAAUGUUCAUGAUGUCACAAAUGAUUUACAUGAUGUCAUUAAAACACAAGGGUGCCUUCAUUGAAGUUUCAUUGUAGGGUUGACAUCUCACACGUUUUUGCUUCAUUUUCAAACUUAAGAUAUCUACUUGAAACUAUGAAUUGUUGAUUAUCUGUCAUGAAUUAAUUCUGUAAGUCCCUCUCAAAGGCUCGGGAUAAACACCAUUCAUUCACUCCGGACAGAUAAUACCAAUGCAAGCAGAGUCAAUUUCUCUGCCUUUUUGAAGCUUUUUGAAAAUAGUAUGUUAGUCACCUCAUACAACCAUUGAGUGUUGUGUCAGUCACGAAAUGUGGUGAGUGUGUUGGGGACAAAGGACCAACUAUUGGCCGCAUUGUAGCUGGAAUGUUACUGUGUGCGGCGUAAACAAACAAACAAACAAAUAUAGUGGUAUUGAAAUCUUUGGACGUCUUUGGCUGGACAUUGAAAGUCAAAAUGGACAGUAUUUCAUGAAUGUUAAGUCUUUAAUUGUGCAAUAUUUUUCUUCAAUCGUACCACACCAAUCAUGGUGUUCCUACCUUAACAGUCAGAUGUCUUUAUUUAUUGUUAAACAAACAUAAUGUUUAAUCUGACCUUUGGUGUUGUCCAAACAAAAAAUUGUUGUAGUUAAUUUGGUGUUUUAUUUUCUACUGAUGUCGUAAAGAUUUUAAAGAAAAGUGCAUUUAAGAUAUUUUGACUUUUACUGUUAUAAGGUGGCAUUUAGUGAUUUUCUGUGUGUAGACUUCUAAAUGUGCUGUAUGAUGAUUCUAUUUUAUUAUUGAAGACACAAUACAUAUUUGAUAAUCAUUUGUUCUGAUAUAUUUAUCAAUAAUAAUGGCAUGUUUAGUCUAGAGUUUCUCAGAGAAGAUUGUAUUUGUAUGCUAGUCAAAACAUAUUGGCUUUGACAUGAAAACAAUAAAUUACUGAAAUAUUAAAGAAAUACUGACAGUA